UCAAAACAGAAGACCAAAAGUGAUACAUCGCAACACCACAGUCCACACUCUCUUCUUGUAUAAAACAAGAUAUUUCGCCGCAAGAAUUACCAUAUUAUAUUCACAAAGAUGUCUAAUCAGAAGUCAGAAUACCAAGGGAAGGCAGAAAACAAUACUGUCUCCACUGAAGACCUCAUCCUCGAUGAUGAUGAGCACGACUACGAUUCCGAUACCCAGGGGAAGGGAACUGUCUUCUCCGGUUUCCUCAAUCUGAGUAACACUAUUAUUGGAUCAGGAAUCUUAGGUCUGCCUUCAGCGUUCAUGGGUUUGGGAUACGUUAUGGGUACCGUGUUCGUAGUACUCUGUGGCUUGAUGUCCGCCUUCACUCUUCACUUGCUGUCCAAGUGUUCGCACAAAAUUGGCGGCCGCCACCACAGUUACGGUUCCGUAGCUCACGCCUCUGUUCCAUGGUUGUCGUGGUUUGUCGACUUGGUGGUAAUCUUUAACUGCUUUGGGGCGGGUGUGUCGUAUCUAAUAAUCUUCGGAGAUAACAUGCCUGAUUUCAUGGAGUACGUUGCUAAAAUCAAUGACCCCGACAGCAUCUGGCUCAACAGGCACUUGUGGAUAAGCGUAGCUUUCGUAGUAUUCGGUAUCCCCCUCACUGUCGCACCCAGAUUGGACUUCCUGAAGUACACAUCUUUCCUCGCACUUGUAAGUGUGACCUAUUGUAUGAUUCUGGUAAUCUUGUUCUGGGCUGAGCCGAGCGCUGAGUGGAACCCAUGCGCCGACUACACGGAUGAAAGUAGCUGCCGAGGACCCUCCGAAGCCUUCAACUCAAAUUUCCUCGACAUUUUCAAGGCACUGCCCGUCUACGUCUUUGCAUUCUGCUGCCACUACAACAUUUUUGGAAUUUACAACGAGAUGCGAGUCCAGACGGUGAGGUCGAUGGACUUUGUGGUCAGCUGCGCUCUGUGCUUUGUAGGAAGCAUGUACAUUGUUUUCGGACUAGGAGGUUACCUGACUUAUGGAACCGAGACCAAGUCUAACAUCCUACUCAAUUUCCCUUUGAACACCGUGAGUUCAAUUGCUCGAUUCGCCAUCUCCUUCGUUGUGGCGGUAUCAUAUCCCCUUAUGACCCACCCUGUUCGUUCCGCCAUGUUGCAUCUGUAUGAUAUCAUCAUCUCGAGAUUCGGAUCCGAGGAGAAGAGUGAAAAGGCUGGAAAGAUUGCGUACUGGGUGUGCACAGUGAUUGUGCUGGCCGUUACCUACGUAAUUGCCAUGUUGGUCACUGAUCUUGGAUUUGUCUUCGGUGUAAUUGGAGCCACAGCUUCAAGUAUGAUUGCGUUCGUGCUACCGGGCGUUUUCUACGUGAUGCAGUACAAAGGCGAGACAAAGGACUCGGCCUGGGAGAAGGUUCUCUUCUACGGUGCCUGGUUCUUCAUUGCCUUUGGUAUUGUCUUCUCUGUUAUAGCCACGUACGUCAUGUUCGUCUAAAUGGGCUACGAUAGAUAUAUAUAGCAACCUGUCAUUCUGUGACCAUGGAUUCAGCAAAUUAGAAUGUAAUAAAAUAUUAUGCGGGGUGGCCCCUCAAGUCUUGU